AACCACCAAAACAAAUCAUGAACGGCCACAUAAUUUCAUCACAGCACAAAUUACAAACAUUCUUCAUCGCUCUUCUCUCUUUUUUAUCUGCACAACUUAUUAAUAUCUCUGUUACAGACUGCAGUCAAUCAUUUUAUCCAAAUUCUUGAUACGUAUUCUCUCUCUACAUCUCUCUGUCUCUCUCUCUCUCCCCCUUCUCUCUCCCAACAUUACUUACAAUAUCUCUCUCUCUCAACAUCUCUCUCUGUCUCUCUCUCUCCCUCUCCCCCUUUCUCUCCCAACAUUAUUUACAAUCUCCCUCCCUCCCUCCCUCUCUCUCUCUCUCUCUCUCUCUCUCUCAGUUCUCCUUUUCUGGGUCUUUUAGUUUCACUCUGUCUUUUACUUGCUUACUUUUACUCGUCUUUGAUAAAGAUAAAGCCCCCACCACUUUGUUUUGUGUAGUUGAAUUCACUUUUGGGUUCUUUUCAAGAACCCCAUUACAGUUUCUUGAUUUUCUUGGAAAAUCUUGGUUUAGAUGAGUUCUUUUAGUAAUGGGGGUCUUGAAAUUCAAUAGCUUUCUGAAGAAGAUGGAUUCUUUACACACACAUCAGCUUGUGUGUGUGUGUUUGGGACUCUUUUUAGUCACUUGUAAUGCUUUUGCAUCACAUGAAGUAUAUGCACUCUCGGCAUUCAAAGAAGCUAUAUACGAGGAUCCGUUAAUGGUUUUGUCAAAUUGGAAUUCCCUAGAUUCGGAUCCUUGUGACUGGUCUGGCAUUUCUUGUUCUACUGCUAGAGAUCAUAUUUUGAAGAUCAAUGUAUCUCAGUCAUCUUUGAAGGGAUUUAUAGCGACAGAGUUGGACCAGCUGUCAUUCUUGCAAGAACUAAUUAUACAUGACAACAACUUCAUUGGUACAAUUCCUAAAGAACUAGGCGCUUUAAAGUUUCUCAGAGUGUUGGAUUUGGGAGGAAACAUGCUAUCCGGACCUAUUCCGCCAGAGAUUGGAAAUUUAACAAGUAUUGUUAAGAUAAACCUUGGGUCUAAUGGGUUGACUGGGAGGUUGCCUCUUGAGCUUGGUAAUCUGAACUACCUUGAGGAACUACGGCUGGAUAGGAAUAAGCUUGAAGGAACUAUUCCUGGUAGUAAUAAAUCACAGAUUGCUUCCAACCUAAAUGGAUUGUCUCUCUCGAAUGAUAAUCCUACAGGUUUAUGUCGUGCAUCUCAGUUAAGAGUUGCCGAUUUUUCAUACAAUUUCUUUGUUGGAAGUGUGCCCAAGUGCUUAGAAUAUCUUCAAAGUUCAAGCUUUCAGGGUAAUUGCCAUCUGGACAGAGAUCCCAAACAGCGAGAUGCUCCAUUAUGUGAUGGUACUCCACCCAAGGCUCAUCCAGGACUCGGUCCAAAACACCGAUAUGUUGAAGAUAAAGUCAAACAUCAGUCUGUCUCAAAGCCUACUUGGAUUUUUGCUCUGGAGAUAGUUACAGGAGUCAUGGUUGGUUCCCUCUUUCUUAUGGCUCUUUUUCUGGCUGUAAAAAGAUUGCCAAAAAAGUCUUCCAUCGGUAUUCCCUGGAAGAAAAUAUCAAGCGGCAAGGAGCACAUAACAAUUUGUAUAGAUCCAGGAAUGUUAAAGGAUGUUGUGAGAUAUAACAGACAAGACCUUGAAGUGGCUUGUGAAGAUUUUAGCAAUAUUAUCGGGUCCUCCUCUGACAGUCUGGUCUACAAAGGCAUCAUGAAAGGCGGGCCUGAGAUUGCUGUGAUAUCUAUUUGCAUCAAAGAAGAGCAAUGGACAGGCUAUCUUGAGCUCUAUUUUCAGAAAGAGGUGGCAGAUUUGGCAAGAUUAAAUCACGAGAAUGCAGGGAAGUUACUAGGCUAUUGUAGAGAAAGCUCUCCAUUUACAAGGAUGUUAGUUUUCGAAUAUGCAUCAAACGGGACAUUGUAUGAGCACCUACAUUAUGAAGAAGGAUGCCAGUUAAGUUGGACGAGACGAAUGAAUAUUGUUGUAGGCAUCGCCAAGGGACUCAAGUAUCUUCAUACAGAAAUAUUGCCACCCUUUACUAUUUCUGAGUUUAAUUCUAGUGCUGUUUAUCUGACUGACGAUUUUUCUCCAAAGCUAGUUGAUUUUGAAAGUUGGAAAUCAAUUCUUUCAAGAUCAGAGAAGAAUUCUGGUGCUAUUAGUGCCAACGGUGAUGUUUGUGUACUUCCAAGUUCUAUGGAGGGACGUCAUCUCGAUGUCCAAGGUAACAUUUACGCAUUUGGGGUACUUUUAUUAGAAAUAAUUAGUGGAAGACCUCCAUACUGCAAGGAGAAAGGCUGCUUGGUAGACUGGGCUUCAGAAUUUCUUGAACUGCCUGAAGGAAUGUCUAACAUUGUGGAUCCCCAGUUAAAACAUUUCAGACAAGAAGAUCUGACUGCGAUAUGUGAAGUGGUGAGCCUCUGCAUUAAACAAGCUCCAAUGAACAGGGUAAGCACGCGGGAACUCUGCACCAUACUUGAGAGCAGAAUCGACACAUCUGUAUCUUCUGAACUUAAGGCAUCAUCUUUAGCAUGGGCAGAGCUUGCGCUUUCAUCCUAACCAAGUCAGAGCUUGUUCACCGAGUCACAGUAAAUCAAAACAAUAAGAGUAAUCCUAUAUUCUUUCUUAGCCUUUAUCUCCUUCAUUCACUUCAUUGAUUGACUUCAAGAAUGUUGUAUAUGUUAUAGCGUGUUAAAAGAAACAUAAAAGUUUCAUGCUCGACAAAUAUCCAAUUGUCUUGCUUAGACCGUGUAAAGUUCUGGAAAUUUAAGAUUAGUGGAUUGUGAGAGUC